AUAAACAAGAAAUUGCCUGGUCAAACCUGUGAGAACUGUUUUCUGACUGCCAAAAAGAUCGGUACUGACACCAGAAUGGCAGCCACCCUCAAGUUGUUAAAACCUUUAGGAUAUCGAACACUUUACAAUCCUUUUGUCUUCAGUGCAGCCCAAAGUGUGACGUAUCGGAAUGUGAGAAGCAGCACAGAGCAUGGGGGACAGGACCCUCCGGAAUGCGGUAGUCCCUGCCAUUCUGCCAAAAAAGUUAAGAAUAUCUGUAGCACGUCCUUUUCUCGGAGAACUGUCACUACCAGCAGUGCCCUCCUGGGUUUGGAAUUCAACAAGGCCUCUACCUCUAAAGCCAGCACAUUGCAGCAGGGCUCACCCAGAGCCGUGAGAGUUGAUGAAGAGGACGUAGAAGUUUUUGAUACCCUUGAAGACCCCCGAGUUUUCCUACAGCUAAGACCAGAGUACCAGCUUCACAGCUAUCACAGAACUGAGACUUGUCAGCCCCUUUCUGUUUCAGAAGGUGAACUAAUUUUGCACAAAGUCACAGUUUAUGAACAUAAUCUCCAGCCUCAAACCAUUGCUGAUUAUUUCUGUAAGCUGAGCUCUCUGCCUGCAGAACAGCAUCCUGUUUUGCUCUCCAGUACCAGCUUUGCUUUGCUCUGCCAGCUGAGUGUGAAAAACAUACAGUUCUUUGACACCCCAGAUCUGAUCAAUAUUUUGAAAGCCUUUGUCGGUUUAGGAAUCCCUCACUCCCAUUCAAUGUUAGCUGUGUAUGAAACCAAAUUUUGCCAUAAGGUAUGGGAGAUGAGUCUGGAUCAACUUCUGUUGGUAGCUGAUCUCUGGCGGUACUUAGGCCGUAGAGUAUCUCGGUUUUUAAAAAUCUUUUUUAGCUAUCUUAAUUUGCACUGGAAAGAUCUUUCCUUGUCCCAGCUGGUUCACUUAAUUUAUAUUAUAGGUGAAAAUCGUCAGGUACCCGAGGACCUAAUGCAAAAACUGGAAUCAUUGAUCCUUAAGUAUAUAGAUUCGAUCAAUUUAGAGGAGGUUGGUACGAUCUGUUUGGGGUUCUUUAAAUCAAGUAGCAGUCUCUCUGAAUUUGUCAUGAGAAAAAUUGGAGACUUAGCUUGUGCUGACAUGCAGCAUCUGAGUAGUCACGCCUUAGUGAAUAUUCUUAAAAUGUUCCGUUUCACUCAUGUGGAUCACAUAAAUUUCAUGAAACAAUUUGGAGAAAUUGCUCCUCAGCGCAUUCCUUCCCUGGGAGUUCAGGGCGUUAUGCACCUGACUCUUGCCUGCUCAGCCUUACGCAUUCUGGAUGAAGGAGUAAUGAACGCUGUGGCUGCUUCGUUGCCUCCUAGAGUAGCACACUGUCGAAGUAAAGAUGUUGCCAAGAUUCUGUGGUCAUUUGGAACUCUGAAUUAUAAGCCACCUAAUGCAGAAGAAUUUUAUUCCAGCCUGAUAAAUGAGAUGCACAGAAAGAUGCCUGAAUUCAGCCAAUACCCAGAACACCUACUCACCUGCCUGCUGGGCCUGGCAUUUUCCGAGUACUUUCCAAUGGAGUUAAUCGAUUUUGCUCUGAGUCCAGGGUUUGUCAGGUUAGCUCAGGAGAGAAGCAAGUUUGAACUCACUAAGGAACUAUGUACUCUUGAUGGUACAGUUGGCAUUGAGUGUCCAGAUUACAGAGGUAAUCGUCUUUGUUCUCACCUGCAGCAAGAGGGGUCUGAAAUUCUGUGGAAUUUAGCAAGGAAGGAUAUGAACUCAAAGCCUGAAUUCCUAGAAAUUCUUUUUUUACUUGAAACCAUGUUGGGUGGGCCCCAGUACAUCAAGUACCAUAUGAUUUUGCCUCAUACCCGAUCUUCUGACUUAGAGGUCCAGCUUGAUGUUAACAUGAAGCCAUUACCAUUUAAUAGAGAAGCCACACCAGGUGAAAACAUAGCCAAAUUAAACCUUAAGCAUGAGGGAGUCAGCCUCACAGAUGAUUUGAUGAAUCAAUUACUAAAAGGGAAAGCAAGAGUACAUUCCCAGGGGGAAAUUGAGUCAGAGACUGGGCAGCAACCCAUGGAAUUAGAGAAUAAGACAGAGACCCAUGGGGGGCUCUCUUUGCAAUGUGGCAGAUUGGUCAGGGCCCAUGGAGAUGGCUGGCCUGUGCCCCCCAGGCAGCGUCCAGGCCCCAGCAGUGAAGCUGGCCAUUCAAAUGACAAAUAAGAACCAAUAUUGCUAUGGUUCCAGGAAUCUGCUUGGACUGCAUAAUAUGAAGAGACGGCAGCUGGUUCGGCUUGGCUAUCGUGUGGUAGAGUUAGCCCACUGGGAAUGGCUCCCACUGCUGAAACGAACUCGCUUAGAAAAGCUGGCAUUCCUCCAUGAGAAAGUAUUCACCUCUGC